AUGGCUGAACGAUUUGGCGACGCCUUUACAGACCUCGAUCCUGAGCAAAUUGGUCCAGGAAGCGCUUUCAUGGAUCGUUUUGAGCAGCGGAAGAAAGAUUUCAGCUUCAGCAAUGUCAUACGAAGAGUUUACCGAAUCCCCCUUUUUAUGCCAGACCUGAAGCACUCUGCGAAGACUGAGAGUUAUUACGAGAAGCGCUCCUCAUCUGUUUUGCUCACCUUUGCCGACUUCAAGGAACUGUUUAACCCUGUUGUAAAAAAGAUUAUUGGCUUGAUCAAUGAUCAAGUGUCUCCAGCUACGGACCAGAAAGAAACACCUAUUUCCACUAUCGUGCUCGUCGGUGGCUUUGCAUCCUCGCCGUACCUAAGAGAGUCGAUUCAAGAGUGGUGUGAAGGCAAUGAGAUCCGUCUCACUACGCCAAUGUCCGGAGCGUGGUCUGCUGUUGUUUGUGGAGCUGUCCUCAGAGGUUUGGAGGGCUCGGCCGUUCGCGAGAAAAAGUGCCGUAGACACUACGGCUACAGUCUCGGAUAUUUAUAUGAUGCUGGGAAGCAUAGCGGGUAUGAUUGCAGCAAGCGACACGUAUGGACCUCUCCUUUUGACGGCAAGAGUUAUCUUUCUGGAUUUAUCGAGUGGCAGAUCGGCAAGGGAGCGAAACUGGGCAAAGACACGGAAAUCUACAGCGACUUUAGUCAGGCCCUGUCUGGCUCUAUGCCAUGGACUAUAUCUUCAACGAUAUUUUCAUGCAAUUUAGAUAUUGCCCCAGGCACGGUUGAAAACCCAAGACUCGAAACUGUCGGCCACGUGCUUUACGAACUCCGUGAAGAACACCUCGCCAGUGCUAAGAAGCUAGUCCGGGACGGCAAGACCUAUUACAGGGUUGCUCUCACCUUCAAUGUCCGUCUUAACGACGAUGCAGGACAUUUGGUCUAUUGGGUCAUGCAAAACGGUGUUGAGAUUGGAAGAGCUGAUAUUCAGAUGGACGAAUAG